AUGACCUCGUUCCGCGCGCUGGAAAACUCGGCACGCGUCGCGGGGCCAGUCCGCCGGCGCUGCACGUGGCGCGCGAGUGCCCGUGCCUCGUCACGUGGCUGUACGACGCCGCCGCGGCUCGGCCGCUGCUCGCCGCCGCGUCGACCGCUGCUCGCCCGCCGCCAUCAAGGACGUGGUGGAGGCGCGCGCGCGCCGCAGGCGCUCCCGCAGGCGCAAGCGCUCCCGCCGCCGCCGCUCGCGCCGCAGCCGCCGCGGAGGGAGCGUGCGCAGGAGGCCCUGGGCGCCCCGGCGCCGCCACCUCUUGGGCGACGACGAGUGACCGCUGCCACGCAACAUGGCUCGACGCCCACCAUGAGUACGAUCGAGCCGGUGGUGGGGAGGCCCAUCAAGUCCCUGUCCUGUCUGGACAUGACGCCAUUGGAGGAGGCGGAAAAGCACAUCACCAACACCAUGUCGAUGACCCGGAAAACGCGGCGAAUGUCAACUUUCGCUGUGAUGCAACAGGAGUCGAUGCGCGAGCGACUGGGAAGUGGUCCGCCCCGCGCAACUGUUUGGGCGGCCGCUGAUUGGCUGCGGCGGCGUGCACAGAACAAGGCGCGCGAGGAGCGGUCGACGCGCGCGGCGUCGCUGACGGGCAACCACCGCCACGUGAUGGAGGCGGCCGCCUUUCACCUCAACGUGGAGCCCAAGGUGGUGGAGGACGGCGUGCUCGACUCGUGGUCGCACGUCAAGCACAUGGAGAGCUUCAUGGCGGAGGGCGGCCGGCGCGCCAUUUUCUUCUUCUACCAGGAGUUCGACGAAGGCCCCUCUUUGGGUACGUGCAAUAUAUCUCAAAAUAAGCCGCACAAAUAA